AUGCAAUACUAUGAGCAAGACUUAGAUGAUGAAAGUAUGAAUAAUCUAAUAACUUCCAGUUUCUGAUAUUUCAUUAGAUGAAUCUCCUUUAAAGCGAUGUAUGACCGCUCCUGCAAGACCUUUGACAGAACUUGAAGAAUUUAAAAGGUAUGGCUAUUAACUUUGUCUAGGUCUUUAGAUUAUGAUCUUUUAGAAAAAGCUUAUAGAUUAUCGAGUUAACUUGUUUAGAGAGAUUUUCAUAAAUAUGAUUUAGAUAAUCCAGAGGGAUAGAAAUAAUGCAAAAAGUUUUUACAAAAUCUCGAAAAAAUGUGUGAAGUAAUAAUAAAAUUGUAAUAAUAUAGGUUUAUUAGGUUAAGGUAGAAUCUCGUGAAUACAGAAAUUAUUUUUCAAAAGCUUACAAAAUUCUUUAUACAUAGGAUAAAUUAUGUUAUUUGACUGAAAUUCUCGAUAGUGCACAAGAAGGUUUUAAAAAUAAAUUAGAUUAGGAUUUCCUUAUUUAUGGGUAAAUUCUGAGAAAUAUUCAUUCACACGAGAAGUUUUAGAAGCAGGAAUAAAGUUAGUGGAUGCAUUUUAUAAAGUAUAACAUGUAAUAAGACACUUAUAUACAAAUACUCUUUAAGAAAGUUCUGAUUUCUCAAAGUCUAAAUUAAAAGAAGAGAUAUCAUUUUUGUUAAAAGAUUUUGAUAAGAUAUGGGUAUCAUUUGAAAUGGUAAGUAUUUAUAAGAAUAAAAAAUAGUUAUAUGUAAAAGAACUGAUGGAUAUAGAGGGGAAAGCUAGAAGAUUUAUAUUGUAGGCAAUAUAGAUAGAUAGAGAGAUGUAAUCAAUAGAAAUAAGAGAGAAAUUAAGAGGAAAGAUAUUGGUUAAAAGUGAGAUUUAUUUAGAAUUGAAAACAGCAGUAUGGGAAUGAGAUUAUUGUAGUUUUGUAAAGUGAUUGCGAAGAUAAAUUCAGUAGCAAAUGUCGAGGGUAAGGGAAGAGAUGAUUUAGAAGUUAAUAUAUUAUUGGAAGCAGAGGGUAUAACAAGAAGAGUUACUUAUGAAUAAUCAAAGGCAGUUCGAAGUUUAGCUGAUAGUAUAAAGAUGAAGUAUAGAUUAGUGAAAUAAAAGUUUUUAAAAAAUCCGAGAGUAAAUGAGGCAAUAUGAAGAGAACGUAGAGAUGGUAGAUCCUUAGUUGAAGAAUAAUAAUGAAUUAGUUGAUUUAUUGAUAGAAUAUGAAACUUAAUGGGAAAAGGGAUUACAUUAUUUGUUAGAACCAAGAAAAUAUAUUUAAUUAAUGCUUUUCUCUCACAUAAUUGAAACUACGGCUGAAAAACACAUGCAAUUUGCAGAAUAAUUGGAAUGCAGGGAUAGUGAUGUAUUUGUUACAAUACCUUGUUUAAUUGUGUUAAAACAUCUUGAAAAUGAAGACAAGAAUAUUUGCAAGUAUUUUCUUCCUAUGUUGGAUGAUGAGAAAUCAAAGUUAUAUUAAUAAUUUGAAUUGUUAAAAGAAGAAUUUAUGAAUUUUAGAGAUCAACACAUAAAAUAAUAUGAAUACUACAAUUUAAUUGAAAAGAGAUUAUUAGGAAUAGAACUAAAUUAUAUUUGUGAAUAAGUGAACACAUAGAUAGAUAGAAUUAUGUAAAAGAUCAGGUUACUAUCUAUUGAAAUCUAAAGAUACAAUGCUUUAGAGUGGAAUCUAUUCAUUGAUGCUGCAAUUAAUACUUGA